AUGUUCCAAUCUUCGAAACCAUACUCGGCGGUGACUGUGCAGGUGGAGGUUCUCACGAGUGAGCAAUAUGAGGUGGAAGACUCCAGUGGUAUUGUCGACUUGGUGGAGGUAGUGCGCAUUCAGGCCAGCGGUCCGACAGAAGCAAGUCGGGCUUUACGCAAGAAGUUAAAAUACGGCAAUAUUCAUCGUCAGCUCCGUGCGCUUGUCAUUCUUGACUUUCUGGUUCAAAAUGCUGGAGACCGCUUCUUGCGCGAGUUCGCAGACGAGGCACUUCUUGAGCGGCUUCGGAUCGCAGGUACUGACUCUGUAUCGGAUCCUCUUGUGAAGCAAAAAUGUAAGCAAAUCUUUGGACAAUGGGCAGCGACCUUUAAAGACACACCUGGUAUGGCCAAGGUCACGGCGUUGUACAAGCAACUCCCGAAGCGCAAGCAGCCUGCGAACCAAGCCAAGGCGAAGGUCCUCCGAGAGGGCUCAAACUCGAAUGGGCCUCCAAUGGGUCACGUUGUAUCGGUGUCAGCUGGUACUGGCCCAUCCACAGUCUUGACCAGCCCAAAGCAAAAGAUCAAGGCUAAGAAGGACAGAAAGGACAAGAAGCUCUCGAUAAGCAUGGGAAGUUUGGGAAGCAAGGGCUUCAACUUGGAGAAGGAACGUCCGGAAAUUCUACAGACACUUGCUGCUUCCUCUGUUGCCAGCACAGAUCUCUUGAACGCCCUCAAGCUCGUGAACCGUGAGACGCACCGAGUCAGUGAAGAUGCAGAGUGUAUCAACCGCUUCGAUAAGUGCAAGUCACUUCGCCAUCAAAUUCUUCGGUAUAUCCAGUACAUUGAGAGCGAAGAGUUCUUGGGCGGUCUUAUUCAUGCGAACGAAGAGCUUGUGACGGCGUUAAUGGCUUUUGAGGUACUCGACAAGAGUGUGGACUACGACAGUGACAGUGAGGAUGAUAUCCUUGAAGGUAAUUGGAAGGAAAGACAUGGACUUGGCCUCGAUGAAGAUGUGCACGACGGUCUUGCCGGCCUGAAUAUCAAUCCUCCCAAGCCUCCAAGACCAGCUCGUCCGGAAAGUCUUCCUCUUGCGUCUUCAUCGCAGCACUCGCGCCAGAUUUUCGAGAGCGAGAGCGAGUCAGAAGAGGAAGAUGACGAUGACAACCCCUUUGGAGACCGGAACGCCAUCAAGACGCCGGGUGUGGAGAAAUCGGGUUACUCUUGGUAUGUCAUUUUCCCUAUUUCAAUACCUGAACUUACUGACAAACUUAUAGGAAGGAGGUCUGAUCGGGGGGUGUUUAACCUAUGA